UACAAAUAUGUGUUAAUGGGAAGAAGGACGAACACAGGGUGUCAAAGGAUAAACAAAUCAAUCAAAUUCUCGCAAGGGCUUAUGCACAAUGGUUAUCGUUUUGUUUGAGAAAAGCAAAGAAAGUAGUGGUGAUUCCAUUUCCAAGUGACAGCUGAGCCUCCCUCACGCAUACUGCUUAUGCUUUUGCUUUCCACAUCCUCUUUCUGUCGUAUCUCAGCCUUUUUUUCAGUUGCCACUGCCAUUUCAGAGUCCAAUUACAGGUGGAUGCUCACCCAUUAUUUACGAAACUUCCUCCGCCACCACCUCCCACGGACCUCUUUCAACGCUGUUUUCAAUUUCAAUCUUUUCGAUGGACGCGUUGCAAUUGACGCCACCGCUGGUUCGCAUGUUUGAAUAUCGGCCGUUGAUAUCCUCAUCUUUUGGGAAUUUGAAGCCUGCUAGCAUUGCAGUGAACAAUGCGAUUGGACUGGAGCGGAGUUGUGGAGGAUGGCGGUUCUGUUGCGAUGCUGUUCCAACUAGUUUCUUACAGCCAUUUAAAGCGGCGACGAGCAUUUGCUCUGCGAUUCACGGUAAAGGUUGCCAUGAGACCUCAACCGGUGGGAAGUCAACAAAUAUUGUAUGGCAUGAUUGUCCCGUUGGGAAGCCUCAAAGAGAAAAGUUGAUUCAGCAGAAAGGCUGCGUCAUAUGGAUAACUGGUCUGAGUGGUUCAGGAAAAAGCACUCUGGCAUGUGCAUUAAGUCAAGGCUUACAUGCAAGAAGAAAACUGACCUACAUCCUUGAUGGUGACAAUAUUAGGCAUGGUCUAAACAGUGAUCUUAGUUUUGAACCUGAAGACCGUGCAGAAAACAUACGGAGGAUUGGUGAGGUAGCAAGCCUCUUUGCAGAUGCUGGGAUUAUUUGUAUUGCUAGCUUAAUAUCUCCUUUUCGGAAGGAUAGAGAUGCCUGUCGUGCUUUGCUGGCAGAAGGUGAUUUUAUUGAGGUUUUCCUUGAUGUACCACUUAAUGUAUGUGAAGCUCGGGACCCGAAGGGUCUGUAUAAACUGUCUAGAGCAGGAAAGAUACAAGGAUUCACAGGGAUAGAUGAUCCAUAUGAAGAACCACUAAAUUCCGAGAUUGUGUUGCAAUACAAAGAAGGGAUCUGCUCGUCCCCUAACGACAUGGCUGAAAGAGUGAUAUCAUAUUUAGAAGAGAGAGGGCACCUGCAAGCCUAACAGGUGGAAAUGUGGGACUUUCUUGUUAUCGAUUUGAAACAAACAGAAACUCAGUUUGUUUAAUGCAGGAGGAGAUGAGUUACUACCUCUUAUUUCUCACUGCUAGGAAACACCUCGUUUCCUUCAGUAUCUGCUUUCCAAUUCUUGGUUCAUUUAGAAUUCUUACCAAUAAAGUUAGAAGCAUGAGAAAGAGGAUAUGCGUGUGCUUAUUAUCUUGUAAGUUCUUUGUAACUUUUAAUAUUUUUGUCAAGUUCAUAUUAGGCUUAUUUAAAUUCAACUCCUAGUGUCUUGAUAAUCAAACAUGUAUCAUGUAUUUCCGUCCAAUUUGACGAUACUGAUUUAUUUUUCAGUAAUCUAUUAUACAAAUUAUGCUUAGAUUGAUUUUCUAA